AUGCACUGCCUCCACCAGUCUUUCAACAUCACCUCCAGGAUGAAGAUAAUCAUCAUCUCAGCACUUGCAACUUUGUCCAUCGCUGCUCCACAGUACAAUUAUUCUCCUCCACCUACUCACCGCCACUCCUCCUCCAUCUACUACUCCACCUCUUCAAGUACAACCCCAUCUCAACUGUACGCGGCGCCAGGAGCAGGCCAAAGAAAUGCCGAAGUCAAGAUUCCACCUCCAGUGGCCAUCUUAAGGGACGAGAGAACCCAGAGUGAAGACGGAACUUUCAAAUUCGAAUUCGAGGGCGACAAUGGGAUCGUCGUCUCUGGAUCUGGAUCCGCAACAGAACGGAAACAAACGGUCCGUAGUUACAGACGGGAAGUUACAAGGUUCCAGCCUCAGUCAGACAGUCUUCCCAAGGCUCCCGAAUUCCCCCACCCGAUUCCUCAGUUCGUCCUCGACCAGAUCGCCUUCGCUGCCAAGGAGGAUGCAGCUGCUGCAGGUUCUGCGACUGCUGAGACUAAGUCUUCUUCUCCCAAUUUAUAUCAAACCCCUCAAGCAUAA